AUGGUUAAGGCUAUGGAAGCUGCUCCUGAAAAGACCGCGGCGGCUGAAGCUAAACGCGCCGCCGAAUUGAAACGAGCUGAAGCCCAGUUAGCCCGCACAGAGACUUCCAAAUACAACCUUAUCGAUAUCGCAGCUCAUUUUCAAAUCCUCUCGAAUUCAUUUGGCAGUGCCGCUCAGCAACUGAGCCAGUACCGAGGUCCGGUUCUAAUGGAAGAUGUAACUUCAACCUUACUGGAUGGUCUACUGAGUUGUCUCAUCCCUCUAACAGCUAUAGCUGGCCAAUUGGAGCCCCUAAGUGGAAUACCGGAUAAAGAUACAGUCUGUAAAGGUCUCACAUCUCUUGCUCACAUUUGUCCCAAUUUGUAA